UGUACCUUACCAAAGCGAACAAACAUUUGUAAAAAGUCUGGUAUUGAAGAGCUCCGUGUACAAAGGUGCGCUUGGAUUGUCUAAAAGAUUAUUUUUGGAGCUGCAACUUAUUUUAGAGGCCAUUCUGGCCUGGAUUUAGUAUUGAACACACUCCAUUACAGAGAAUUCCUUAAGGAUUUGGAAUGGUGUAUAGAGCACAGGGCUCCACUAAUCACUGACAAACAUAUUAUACCUGUUUAAAAGUGUGUUCACCUACGUAUUAUGGCGUCCUUACUAAGUUGGAUCAAAUCCUUUUCUGGACUCAUACUUGUGUUGUUCUACAUAGCUGCUACAAGUAAUGGAUACAUCGUAGACCUGACAUUAGUGACCAAUCACCCCCUCCUGGAUCCUCCCAACACACGUGAUCAAUAUAUCGGUGCUUACCUAGGUCAGAAAGAUGCAAGCAUCAGAGACUGUAUUACGUUUCAUCGAAUUAUCCGGACCGGCGAUACUACAAAUCUCCCAAACUAUAUCAACAUAGUAAACGAAGGUCAACGUAUAAGAAAGCUAAUAUUCGAACAGUCCAAUCAAACCAAGGCAUCAGGAGCAUUCCAUACAGCUUUCGAAUAUGAAGGAACCACACGUAAUACUUCAACUGUUGUCUUGAUGCACAAUGCGACAAUCUUGCCUGAACAGACAACGUUGACUGUCCAUGAGGGGGAAGAUGUUACACUCGAUGUUGUCACCAAUGUAGAUGACUUCCGGUGGCGGUUUAAUGGAGAUGUUGUACCGGACAGUAGAAGAAAGCAGAGUCUUACCUUGGAGAACGUGCAGCUAAACCAAGCUGGGGUAUAUAAGUGUUUUGUAGUUGGAAACCGAUGGGAUGCAGGAAAUGCAAUACUCCUUCUUCAUGUCGUCAAAUGCCCAGCUUAUCGUUGGGGAUCCGAAUGUGAACAUACCUGUAAUGAGUGUCUCAAUGGAGGCAAGUGCGAUGUAGACUCAGGAGAGUGUGUAUGUCCUCCUGGUUUCAACGGGACAACAUGUGAACACGGUAGGUUUUACACUUUGGGUCCUCUGCGCGUCGAGACACUGGCAUAGAC